GUAAAUUCUGUAUAUUUGAGAAUGUCUAUCGAAAUGAGGAAGUUUACAAAACUGAUUGACAAUUAUGGUAGAAUUCAUGAUUAUUUACGUAUAUCAUUAACGGGAAAAUGUAAUUUAAAUUGUUCAUAUUGUAUGCCAAAUAAAUCGUUUCAAAAUAAUAAUCAAAUCAUAUUAUCCAAUAUAAUAACAUCUAAUGAAAUAUUAUUUCUUGCUAAUUAUUUUUGUUAUCGUGGUAUAAGAAAAAUUCGUUUAACCGGUGGUGAACCAUUAUUACGAUCAGAUCUACAACAAAUUAUAAGUUUGAAAUAAAUUACAGUUAUCUGUUUAUUACCCUUUUUUCUUUUUAAAAAUAAUAAUAAUAAUAAUAAAAGAAGAUUUGAAUGAUUUAAAAUGUCAACAUAAACAUUUCAAUGAAAUAGCAAUGACUACAAAUGGAGUGAAAUUUAAGAAAUAUGCUGAAAAUUUAUUAUUAGCUGGUUUAAAUUCAGUGAAUAUCAGUUUAGAUAGUUUAAAAUCAGAAAGAAUUUUAAAAUUAACAGGACAAUCUACAUUUAAACAUUCAAUGGCAGCUAUAAUUAAAGCGAUUGAAGUGGGAUUUAAAAGGAUUAAGGUUAAUUGCGUAGUUAUGAAAAAUUUCAAUGAAGAUGAAUUAUGCGAUUUUGUUGAACUGACACGGUAUUUACCUAUUGAAGUACGAUUCAUUGAAUAUAUGCCAUUUUCUGGUAACAAUUGGGAACUAUCAAAAUUAUUCUCAUAUAAACAAAUGUUAAAUAUUAUACAAAAUUCUUAUCCAAAUUUAAUUUGUUUAAAUGAAAAAUCAUUUGAUGUAACAAAAGUAAGCAUAAUAUAAAAUACUUUUGUUUAACAUAUAAAACUAUUUUAAUAAUAUGACCCUCAUUUAGUUCGAGUUAGUAGGUGGACAUUCUCAUGGUCACUUUACUAUUUCAUCUACACAUUCGAUAUUUCAUGGCAUAGUGUUAUAAUGAACUUGUGGUGAACCAAAAAUUCAUGUGUUAAUAUAUUAAACACAAAUUAUUACACACAAGAAAAAUAUUCAGGAUGUUACUUGAAUUGUCAGGGAUUGACGUAUUCAAGUUUCUUUUGAUCUGGUAAUCCACAAUUAUACUUAGCGUUACCCCUCCUCCUCCUCAGUGGAACCUAGGCCGCCGACCAGUAUUCUCCGCCUGAUGCCCCUCUAAGGCUACUGCUGGUCCCAAGCCCGGUCAAAGGAAGAGGGUUGAGCAUGGGGUUAGCGGGCCCAUCCUGUAGAAAAAUAACUUGCUUAAAAACGCUAACCAGAAAAAAUAAUUCAGUCCACAAUUAUAAGUAGUUAAUAAUUCCAAUUAUAAUUGUUAUAGUUCGAGAUGUAUAUCCAGAUAAAGUAUAUAAUGAGAAUAUCACUGUGAUAUGUAAACGUAGAUAGCAAAUGUAUUAAAGUUCUGAUAUCAUAACGGCGGGUAAUUGAGAACAAGAAGCAUAUGUGUAUAGCAGUUUAUUUGUGAGCGAUAAUCAGUGUGCCAUGCUAUGGGGGAUUCAAAAACGAAAUGGAAAAAACUAUGCAGAUGAUGAAUAUCUCGAACUCUACGCAUCCGAUAAACAAAGUGGCUGACUUAAUCGACGAGCAAUUCAAAUGACACAAUCUCUAAUAUGACAUAUUCAGCGAAGCCAGUAAAGCAGCGAUAUGGACAUGCUCAAUUCGUAUUGUCUUAUCGGUAAUUUGUCCUCGUGUCAACACUAGUCACUCGUCUAUUUGGCAGAUCAUUCCAUUAUGAUUAUAAUAAUUACCAUAUUCUUAUUAUCACAAUAGUGUGAUAUCAUCACCUAGCGUGGAAUUAUUAUUGCUGUUUGUGUUGAUAUUAAAUUAUAACAUUUACACAGUUAUAUUACUCACCCAUAAAAUUAUAAUUUUAUGAACAUUCUAUUCUCGCAUUUGACUUAUUUAAUUCAUUUAUUCACUAACUCGAGUAAAGUAGAUGAUUAUAUGCGUGGGUAGCCGGGAUGUAUAUUUCAGUAACAGUCAUUCAUACGGUCGGCGAGACUAUAAUUUAUGAACGAACUGAUCAGAUUUAGGAUAACAGGUGUUGGAUUUCGGCACGAUUUUCAUCCAUCUACUUGGUUAAAUAGUGUUUCGGUAUUUUAGCUGAUGUCAGUUCGUGAUAAAAACCCUGAAUCUAGUUCCUAACCCUAAUUAUCAAACGUAAAUUAUAGUUAUAAUUCCUCACACAGAUUUAUAACUCUCAUUUAGUUCUAGUUAGUAGGUGGACAUUCUCAAGGUCACUUUAGCGUUGCUCAAAGGUCGUCCAUAAAUUACAGUCUAACCAUACGAUCCAAUUGGAUUCAGAUGAAGGGCUACUAAACACUACACACUAUUAAUUCUGAUGAAUAAUCGAUUAUUUGAUUACAAGAAAAUGUAUAUACUAUAUUUUUCGAUUACUUUACAUAAUCAGUAGCUUUGUGCGGUCUUAAAGAAAGAUUAUGAGCUUAAGGAAUAAAUCAUUGGGAUAAAAUGAGAUCAUAAAGAGGUGUUAUUUAUUUUAUUUAUGUAUAUAGUAAGCCUAAAACUUGAAUAAGAAAAUAAAAAGUGGAACAGAUUGAUCUAGCGCUUGCUUAACAAUUCAUAAGCUCACUUCUAUUUGAAGUGAACUUUGAUAAUGCUGUUCAGAUUGAAGAUGAACGCUUCAUUAUUAAAUCAUCCAGCUUUAAAAACUCAAUAUCACCCAAAGGUAUGUGUUUUCAAAAUGAUCUAAAAUAUAGGGUGAUAUUCACUGGAUUGUAAAUUCAUAAAAGUCAGCUCAAGUAAACUUUCUAGUUCAAAAGACUUAACUUCAAUGAAGGUUUUCACUGUAACUAGAAAUCUUCUCCAACACUACCAAUAGCACUGGACAUAGAUCGAAUAGAGUACCAUACUAUUAUGUAUAAAGAUAAGCCAUCAUGAUGAUGAGUCGUAGAUUUUAUGCUCCCGACUCAAAUAAUUUUUUGCAUCCUACAAGUAAAUGAUCUUCAAAAUCAGAAUUUAUAUUUAUGUCGGAAGAUGAAGUGAAUAGAAGACAUUGAAGACAUUAAGAACAAUUCAUUCUCGUGUUUACUUAUUAAUAGUUCAACAAAAACCAUAUGAAUACGUUAAUAGGUAUAAAACAUUGCAUUCAUUCUAGUUUAUUAUAUGAACAGUCUAUUUAAUCGUAACAGUUUAAUUACCAAAUAAUAGUUUUUAUUAUCAAGAUUUAACCUUACCAAAGAAGAGCUAAGAAUCACCAUAAGGCUUUUCAAACCAAAAAACCGUAACAUAGAUGAUCUAUUGGUCUACAUCCUAUACCUAACUACUUCACUGGAUAAGAAAGUCUGUCAUGUAUGCUUUAAAGAUUUAUUGAACUAGAAUAUCGGAUAGUGAUAUAAAGUAUACAAUUAUAUACUAAUGUUUAUAGGUGAAAUAUGAAAAAACAUAUUUUUAAUAUAAUGACCUACUUACUGAUCGUUGAGUUCCAUGAUAGAAAACAAUUUCCCUGUUAAUAUUCUCUGAUUUACUUCUUAAUAUUUUCAUUUUCGCAAAGCUUUUUCAAGUAUCAGGAUGGUUAGGUAAGAUUGGUUUCAUCACUUCAAUGACUGAGAAUUUUUGUGCCGGAUGUUCACGUUUACGUAUUACAGCUGAUGGAAAUCUUAAAAUUUGUUUACAUGAUAAUUAUGAAGUGAGUUUAGUGGAAAUAUUACGCAACAAAAUGAAUUCACAUGUAAUUGAUGAUUGGUUUGCUGAUAAGCCUAAUUAUAAUUUAAAACAAUCUAAGCAAUUAAAUAAAAUCUAUGAUCAACUUGAUGAGAUUGUCGAUCAAGCUUUAACUAAAAAGUCUGCUAGUCACAAAGGUAAAUAUAGUUUUAAAGAAUAAACUAAUACAUAAUUCUAUUUCCAUUUAUAAACGUUUCACUAUUAAUUUAGACAUUAUUUUCAGAGUCGGUCCGUUUUUUUAUAUUCUGGUAACAAGAUAAACUAGAAGAAAGCGAUAAAUCUAAUUAUAGCACACGAUUUAGUUCAUUGGAUUUUUCUGUAAUUCUUCUGAAUUGAUAUCUGAUCAUCCACCAAGUAGGUAUGAUACCAUGAGAAUUGUAAAGCAGGAGAUCUCUGUAAUAUGAACUACAAACACUCUGAUUACCGUAAUUCAUUGUAUGAUAAUAUGUAAGUGAAGUACAAGUUCAAAUGUCGUUUGUUUUCUAGUGAAAACCUUGUUUUGAAAAUGUCAAGUUAAGAUGAUCAAAUUAAAACGCUAUGAACGAUAAAAUGAUUUGACACGGAAACUUUACUAAACAUCUCAAAUAAUUUAUGACAUAUUAAGUUAUAGAUUGUAAUUAAGUGAUUGCUUUUGUUUAUGCUAGAUAGCUCGGAAUCAACUAGACGAUUUGCACUAUGCAGAUGACUUGGCUCUUCUAUCCCAUACACACCAACAUAUUCUGAUGAAGACAAAUAGUGCAGAAGUAGGCCUCAACAUACAGCAAGGAAAAAAGGGAGAUCCUCAAAUUCAACACGGAUAACACUAAACCAAUCACACUUGAUGGAGAAACUUUGAAAGAGGUGGAAACUUUCACGUACCUGGGAAGCAUCAUCGAUGAACAAGGAAGAUCGGUUGCAGACAGAAGUGUAAGAAUUGGCAAAGUAUAGACAUUAUUCCUACAAUUGAAAAAAAUAUGGAACUGAAAACAACUGUCAAGUAAUAUCAAAGUCACAAUCUCCAAUACGAACAUCAAGACAGUCCUAAUGUAUGGACCUCGAUCCAAUCGUCUAACCAAUCAACAUCGUGGUCUACAGGACAAACUAUGAACCAUAUAUAGAGAAAUUCGAACGCUUCACUUUUGUCUGAAGUUUGUGCUGAUGAUAUCGUUCAGAAGAACAAUGUAAGCUCCGCGAUCAAACCGUCCAGCUCAGAGAACAAAACUCUAUCCAAAUCAUCCACCUGAGCUAAAAAUCUCCAUUCAAACUUGAUAUUCGCUUAAAUAACACAAAGUAAUCGCUUUAUUUUACUAAAUUAUCCCCGACAUUAAAAGACUAAUCCUAUUUUUUCCCCUUCAUGGAACUAAAAUACUAUUUGGAUUGAUUAUAAAAUUGAAUAAACCAUUUUACUAAGUUAACUGUAAUUUAUUGAUUUAAUGACUAUAAUUUUAUCUUCACUUAUUUUCUUUAAAAAAAGUUGGUUAUUUCUUCUAUUCUAUUUUUAAAUGAACUAUAGGUGCUAUUCAACUUGCAUCAAGUGUAAAUCGUUCAAUGGUUCAAAUUGGCGGUUGAACAAAUUUCAAUAAUCCUAUCAAUUUAUAUAGAUGAAUUUUGAAUUAGGAUAGAAUAAUUUAUUAUGUAAAUAUAUUUAAAUAAAUAUUGAUUGAAUAAUUAUACACUUUUAUUUUUGAUGUUGUAUGUUUUCUUGUAAAACUAUAUGUAUGUGUUGUUACUUAAGAAUAAUAUAAGUUAAUGGUAGUCUUAAUGUAGUUAAGCCAUAUCUUGAUAGGAACUUAUAAUUCAAUUGGUCAUUAAUUUUAGUUAUGUGGACAAAUGUAAAUUUAUUGGAUAAGACAUUUUAGAUAUUUGAAGUUGUUAGUAGAAAAUUAUUUAUUUGAUUGAGAUCAUGAACCGAUUGAUGUUAGACCACCUUUUGAAACCUGGAAGCACUGGACGGCCGUUUCGUCCUAUUGUGGGACUCCUCAGCAGUGCGCAUGCACGAUCCCGCUCGCGGGAUUCGAACCCAGGACCUUCGAUCUCGCUCACGAACGCUUAACCUACUGGACCACUGAGUCGGCAUUCAAUGGUGAUAGUGUCUAACAUCAACCAAUCCACAAAUUUGCGCGACCAACUUCCAUUGUACUGAGGUAGAUACCUGUCUCUACCCGACAUGGAUUAGCUCUACUAGUCGCGGCUUCUCACUAGAACUCCGAGAAUUCCCUCACGAAGCUAGUCACUAGUGAGCACAUGUUGAUUACUAGUAUAAGGGUUGUGGAGAUUAUUAAGUUUUUGAUUGAGAUCGGUUCAUGAUCUCAGUCAAAAACUUAGUAAUCUCCACAACCCCUAUACUAGUAAUUAUUUAUUUAUCGACUGAAUUAGAUGUAAUUUUCAUAAGUCACAUGUUGCAUUGAUAUUUAAUGUUGAGUCAGUAUAUGAGUAGGGUAUGAGAUAACUAUCUGUUCAGUCAUAGACUAGGAUUCAUGUUGAUACGAUUUAGAUUAGUUUGACUACGUAGAAAUACAAAUCGUAUUAUAGAUACUAUUUGAUUUAACUUCUCAAAGUAUUUAAUCUUUUUCCUUAGUUCAAUUAAUUUGACCAAAUACUAUAUUUAUUAAAUUCAUUUUGUAUUGUUUAUUUAAAUCAUCCCAUUGAUAUUUAGGACUGCGAUUGACCAGUCUCUUAUUGGUAUAUGUGCAUCCGGUGCGAAUUGCCUCGAUAUCCCCUUAAGUCACAAGCAUUAUAAGCAAAGAUGGAUGGUGGCUAGCAGUGGAAUCCAGGCAAUAUUGUGACAAUCCUAACAGGAUACACAUAUGCCAAUAAGAGACUGAUCAAUCACAGUCCUAAACAUCAAUAGGGAGAUUCCAACAAAUAAUGCAAAAUGUAUUUAAACUUCGCCGCAUUGCACAAGCAAGUGGCUACUAGUAUUCAAUAGCUAAUUGGAUAACGCGAUGAACAUCAUCGAUGAACAAAGAAGAUCGGUUGCAGACAGAAGUGUAAGAAUUGGCAAAGUAUGGACAUUAUUCCUACAAUUGAAAAAAAUAUGGAACUGAAAACAACUGUCAACCAAUAUCAAAGUCACAAUCUUCAAUACGAACAUCAAGACAGUCCUAAUGUACGGAGUUGAAACAUGCAGAACUACUACAAUCAUUAUCAAGAAGGUACAAUUAUUUAUAAGUAGUUGUCUAUGUACGAUACUGAACAUCCAUUGGCCGGAUACCAUGAGCAACAGCCUCCCAGCUGAAGAGGAAAUUAGGAAAAGACGAUGGAAAUGGAUAGGACAUACAUUACGAAAAUCACCAAACUGCAUCACGAGGCAAGCCCUAACUUGGGAUGCUGAAGGGAAGUGGAGAAGAGGAAGGUCAAAGAACACAUUACGUCUAGAAAUAGAAGCAGAUAUGAAAAGGAUGAAUAACAACUGGAAAGAGCUGGAAAGGAUUGCCCAGAACAGGUUUGUAUUAAGGAUGCUAGUGAGCGGCCUAUGUUCCUUCACAAGGAGUAACAGGCAUAAACAUCUUGUUAUAUUAAUAUAGUUUGAUAACUUGAAUCAAAUCAUCUUAAUCCCCAUUCUGUAGAUUAAUUUAUAACUGACUAAAUCAUUGUUUUGUUUCAAUUGAUAACUAAUCUAAUCAUCGUUUUUCUUUGGAUUAUCAGAAUUAGACAAUGAAUAAUAUCAAAUUACCAUAGAUUAUGAAUUUAUCACAAUUUAUUAUGAAAAUAAACAAGAAAUAAAAAAUAAAAAACAAAUCAAGUAAAUGUAUCAAUAAUUCAAUAGUGAUUAUUUAUUCACAAAUAGUGAUGCUGAGGGGGGGGGUAGAUGGUUACUAAUUAUAAAAAAAUAUACAUAAAUUAUAUUGAAAAUUUAUUCAUUUACAAAGCCAAAUCAAAGUCAAAUGUUAAUUCUUUCUUUUUUGUGUGUGUAUGUUUUAUUUUCAAUAAUGAAUAGUACUUUAAUAAAUGAAAUACUCUUAUUUUGUAUAUUUGUUAUCGAAGAGAUGAAUUAUAUACAGAUUAUAGUGAAUGAUUCAUGUGGAAACAUAUUCAUAAUGAAAUUAAACGGAAGUAGAUCUCAGAAUAGUAAUAUUUCUCGAGGUUACUUACUUACUUACGCCUGUUACUCCUCGUGAAGGAACAUAGGCCGCUCACCAGCAUUCUCCAUCCAACCAUGUCCUGGGCAAUCCUUUCUAGCUCCGUCCAGUUGUAAUUCAUCCUUUUCAUAUCUGCUACUAUUAUCCGACGCAAUGUGUUCUUUGGCCUUCCUCUUUUUCGCUUCCCUUCAGGAUUCCAAGUUAGGGCUUGCCUCGUGGUGCAGUUUGGUGAUUUUCGUAAUGUAUGUCCUAUCCAUUUCCAUCGUCUUUUCCUAAUUUCCUCUUCUCAAGAUUACUGUAAAUAUUGAAGAGGAAGAAUGUAUUUGUAAAAUCUCAGUGAAUGAAUUUGAAGUAAAUCUAACGUUUCACCUAGCAAUCUGGUUCAAGCUUUUUCAAAGAAAUACAAUCAAACAUCAAAAUUAUUGAAAUGUUAAAUACGUAUAUGGUUCUCCGAUUCACUGUAUACUGAAUAGGUCAUUCAAACAACGUUAACAAUAUUUAAAGUAGGUAUUUGCAUUAUUGUGUAAGAUAUAUGUGGUGUGAAACGAGAUUUUACAAAUACAUUCUUCCUCUUGAAUAUCUCACAUCAACUCGGUACCAAAAUACUGUGAAACCAUUCUAUUAAGUUUAGACGAAAGUUCUUAUUUGUUACUCCAAGCACUUUAUAAUUAAUAACUGAUAAAAUGUUGAUUAGAAACCUUAUCACGAUAAUCAUUUUCUUUCUGAAAAGCUUAACAAUUUUUUGUCAGUCUAAGUGAUUUUAAAUAAUUUGAUGUAGCCAUGACAACUAAGAUGGUUUAAGUUCUGAUAAAGCUAUACUUAGUGAAUACUUUUCGAUAAAGAUCCCUUAUAUCAAGAUUAAUCAUAACCUUUGGUUUAAAUAUAGACAAUGAUAGUUGACGGAUACGCUUUAGUAUUGCAUAAUCAAAGCAAUGUAGACCAGUGUAUUCCAAGUCACUGUUCUAUAGGUAACCUUCCUGCAAUCAGGUCAGCGGGUUCUAACUUCGAUAACUAAAGAAGUCAUAGGUGCUCUAUGCUACGAAGUGCUAUACUACAAUGAAACGACUGUUAACUGUUGCUUAAUUUUUAACCUAUGGUGAUAACCAUCUUCAAAACAGAAACUAUGUCCAUUUACCUAACUUUUAUCAAAGCAGUUAGUAGAUUUUCAUUCAAUAUUUCUUUACAUUUCGAAUAUGAUAAGAUUUUCAAUGCUUUUGAAUAUUUAAGGGACUAUUCUUUGUUGUUUUUAGAAAAUUUAAAUCGUUUCUCUUACAUAAUCAUCAAUUUUAUCUCAAGGAACCACAGAAAACUUCGUGUAAUCAGUAUAUACAUAUAUGCUUUUCUUUUCUAACGCAUAAAUAUGAGUCAUCACACUUUGAUCAAUUGUUUUAAACGUGUAAUUGAACCAAAUUUUUCAAACAGUCUAAAGAAAUCAUCAACACGAUCAAGUAUGACAACAGAACAACAAAAUCCAAUUGAAAUUGGUGAUGUAAUAACUCGUUCACCAAAAAUGAUUGAUAUUACAUCUAAAAUUGUAAAACAAUUCAAUGGAAAUAAUCAUAAACAAAAUAGUAUGAUAACAAUUAGAUCAGCAAAAGCAGAAGUAUUUAUAUGUAUUGAUGAUUAUAUAAAGCAAUUUAUCCAUAAUCAAUAUAUGAUUACAGAUACUAAUUCAGAUAAGAUUAUUCAUGAUAAUAAUGAAAAUAAUAUUGAUGAUAAUAAUCAUACAGAUGAAUUAUAUGAACUUUUAACACCAAAAGGUGAUGUAUUUACAGUGGCACGUUUAGCUGGAAUACAAGCUGCUAAACAAACUUCUAAUAUUAUACCAUUAUGUCAUCAAGUGCCCUUAUCACAUAUUUCAGUCGAUAUUGGUUACAGAUUAGGUAAAAUUCAUAUACAAUCACAAGUAAAAGCAGUUGGUCAGUCUACCGGUGUAGAAAUGGAAGCAUUAACAGCUGUUUCUGUUGCUGCAUUAACAGUUUAUGAUAUGCUAAAACCGUUGCAAAAAGGACCAAUUAUUAUUGAAAAAAUUGAACUAUUAGAAAAACUUGGUGGGUCGAAAGGUUCCUACUUAAAACUUGGUGCAUCGAAGUAAAGAAAAUAAUUUAAUUAUUCAGCUUUGCUUAGAAUCCGAUUAUGUCUACAG